ACUUCGCCGUUAAGCCACACUGCAUUUGAGUACAGUUGCCAAUUCAAUAGACUUCAGCAUGGAACGUUGGCAAAAUAAGGUGGCCGUAGUUACGGGAGCCAGUUCGGGUAUUGGUGUGGCAAUUGUCAAAGAUUUUGUUAUGGCCGGCCUUCAGGUUGUGGGCCUGGCAAGACGUAAGGAAUUAAUUGAGAAAAUUCGGAAUGAUCUACCCGAGGACAAACGUUCCCAUCUUAUGGCCAUGUAUUGUGAUGUCAGCAGCAAGGAGUCGGUGAAUGAAGUCUUUGACAAUAUUAUUUGCCAAUUUGGUGGAAUUGAUGUUUUGGUAAACAAUGCCGGCUGCUUGAAAAAAGGACAAUUGUCCACCAUGGAUAUUGGUGAUGUGGAACAGGUAUUACACACCAAUGUUAUGGGCAUUGUGGCCUGUACCCAAAAGGCGUUCAAGUCGAUGAAGGAUCGUAACUUUGAUGGUCAUAUUAUUAAUGUUAACAGUAUUGCCGGCCACGCAGUGUUGACUGGAAUUCCACCCCAAAUACCCAACACAAAUAUUUAUUCACCAUCCAAAUUUGCCGUGAGUGCGAUCAAUGAGAUUUAUCGCAACGAAUUUCGAGAUUUGGGAACAAAAAUUAAAAUAUCGAGUAUUAGUCCCGGCUUCGUUGACACCGAUAUUGUGUUUGAUGACUUGCGCGAAGCGUUAGGCCAGUGUAUGCUCAAAUCGGAAUAUGUCUCAAAUGCCGUAAUAUUUAUACUCUCAACACCGCCGCAUGUUCAAAUUCAUGAUUUGAUUAUUAAGCCUGUGGGAGAAUUAGUUGCGUAAAACCCGGUUUGGAGAAUAAUUGUUCUCUGCCUCCUGCUUCUCAAAUGGGAAUACUACAUUUCAGGUUAAUAAAGUGCAAUUUAUAUUCAA